CGGCUACUUUUAUCCUCCAAUUCAUCCAUCAUCAACCCUCAACACCCACCAACAAUGGAGUUCAACUUCAACUUCAACAACAUCAAACAAACCGAAACCACCCAACAAGAAGAAUCACAAACCCUCAUACCCAACAACGACGACAACGACAACGACGAGAUCGGCUACUACGGCACAGGAGUUACAACAGUGAAGGUAGUGGAAUACAUGCUUUCAUCAAUGUCGAACGAGCUUCUACGCAAGUUCCCCGAUAACUCGGCUUUCGAUUUCGACUACACCCAGAGCGCGAUCUGGUCGCCGUUGGUCCCUCACCCGUCGAAACCCUCGUCCCCUGUUCGGCCUUUGAAACAGGGGAAGCUUUUGUUCGAUGAAGAAGAGACAGAGACCGAUGCGGGUAAUGUUAACGACACGAAAUUCGACUCGUGUAUGUUCAAUUGCUUCAAAAUUGGUAACGAAUUUUGUGGAAACAAGAUUGUGGGGGUGAAGAAAAGGGGGAUGAGAAACAGGGGAUUUGGUCAAUUGGGGUUGAAUUGUUUGAAUUCGGGGAAUGUGAGUGUGGAUUCGGGGUGUUCUUCGCCGAUUCGGGUUAAGGGGUGGAAGAAGGUGUUGAAAGCAGCAUCGAAGCAGUUUAAGAAGACGAUGAAGAAGAAAGAUUCUGGUGUGCAUCUAAAGCUUUCAUCCAAUGGAUUUUCUAAAAUUUCUUAUUGAUUAUUUGUUUAUAAUUGAUUUGAAAUAAGAAUUUGGUUUUGUGUAAUC